GCAGCGGCUGCCAAUGGGAGGGCGGGACACUGGUUGGUGCCGUUGUCUGGCUGGUUGCUAAGAUACCUGAGUCUGGUCGCAGAGUGCAGGAUGGAGCCCAGCGGAGAUGGGAGCCCCGGAAUCGGUAUCCUCGAUGAUGAAAAUGGGAGACUGCGACAGCUUAAACUACAUAACCAGAGGGUUCUGCUGGAACAGAAGCAGAGGAGAAAGAGGCAAGAGGUGCUUAUGGUACAGCCAAACCAAGACGCCAGACAACGGAGACCUAAAUCCAGGAAAAGUGAGGAGCAUGCGCCUCUGAUGCAGUGUCAGACUCCUCGUUCUGUCUGUUCAGAUGUCAUCUUGGAUGGAAUUGAUGGUCCAGCUGCCUUCCUUCAUUCUGACACUCAGGACUUGGAGUACAAAAUCCAUAUUUUGUCAGUUGGAGAAACUUGUGAUGACACUGAAUCUGACAACUCCAGACCCAACUCUAGCGACACAAGCUCCAGGUCAAGGCUUAGUGAGGGCAAAGCAUCAGUGGAGGUUAGAGGCAGGUCUGAGGUCACCAAUGAGUCCAGUGCCCAGUCUGCCGCCAGUGAAGUGAAACCCCAGAAGGUGGUAAAAGAGGCAAAGUCCCGAUCCAGAAAGACCACAGCCCGACCUGAUCCCGUGGAGGAGGAUACUCGGGUGAAUGAAGAUGAAUCGAGACAGGAUCUUCUGGAAAAGCUGCAGGAAAGAGGUAUCUCUGAGAGCCUAAAUUUUGAUGAAGACUCUUCAGACGGGGAGGAAGCAGACUCUGGAAGUACACGACCUGGUUCUUCCUCAAGUAAAAAGUCUCUGACAGAAUCUGCAUCUGCAGAGACAAUACCCAACGUACCUCAAGGAGACAUAGGAGAUGUGGGUGACCUGAGAGAAUUCGCUGUGCGCCCUGCAGCUCGUGGAACCGCUGUAAGGUGUCGCAUCAGCCGUGAUAAAAAGGGGAUGGACCGUGGCUUGUUCCCAACCUAUUAUAUGCACCUUGAAAGGGAUGAAAACCGCAAGGUUUUCCUUCUUGCUGGAAGAAAGAGGAAAAAAAGCAAAACGUCCAAUUACUUGAUUUCCACUGACCCCACGGACUUGUCACGGGAAGGGGGCAAUUUUGUAGGCAAACUUCGAUCAAACAUAAUGGGAACCAAGUUCACUGUAUAUGACAAUGGUGAGAGCCCAGAUAAAGCCAAGGCCCGUGGACUGCUGGACAAUAGUACUGUGCGGCAGGAGCUGGCGGCUGUGUGUUAUGAGACAAAUGUGUUGGGCUUUAAAGGACCUCGAAAGAUGUCUGUAUUAAUCCCUGGAAUGAACAUUAAUCAUGAACGGACUCCUUUUCAGCCACUCAGUGAAUCGGAAAGUCUUCUGUCCAGGUGGCAGAACAAGCGCAAUGAGAACAUCAUCGAGCUGCACAAUAAGGCUCCUGUGUGGAAUGAUGACACGCAGUCCUAUGUGCUAAACUUUCAUGGGCGUGUGACGCAUGCUUCCGUUAAGAACUUCCAGAUUGUUCACGACAAUGACCCGGAAUACAUUGUCAUGCAGUUUGGCCGAGUGGCGGAGGACCUCUUCACACUGGAUUUCAGCUACCCUCUGUGCGCAUUGCAAGCCUUCGCGGUGGCUCUUUCCAGCUUUGACAGCAAGCUUGCAUGUGAGUGACAGACAGAGAAGCUCCACCUGAGAGAAGUGUCACCUUCUGCUUGCCAUUUCAGUCUCAUCUCUGUCACUGUAUAGGACAAUGAUCGGGGCAAGGCUGAGCCUCAUUUCUGGAAAAAUGCAUGCGUCCGUCCUUGUCUUUAAGUACUGACUUGUGCCUGUAGUGCACAAAAGCCUUUGUGCCUUUUAUUCACACUUGAUAUGCAACGAUGAGGGAGAGUGACCCCACUCUGCUGCUUCCUCUACUCUUAAUAAUCAUUGCUUUACAUGCAGAUCGUAUGCUUAGUUUGUGGACUUGUAUUUGUUGUGUUGUUUAUUCACCACCAAAUCAUCAUCAGACCGCCAAAUCUAGCUUUAUGGGAACGAGGAAAGUAUUAUUAGUCUUAAUCAAACACCAGUGUCUAGUUAAAGUGUUUGAGUUAAAUCGCAAUAGGGCUUUUUAAAGAGCAUGUAUUCUAAUAUACAGACGCAAUAUGCAACGACCGUCCUCAUCAGAACGAACUGGAGUAUUCUCUAGGAGAUUCUAAAUGCUUUUUGAAAUAUAUGUUACCCAAAUUUACAAAACAUGCAUGUACCCCUCUGAAGCAUGUUCCAACAUAAUGUUUUAAUCUGCUAUAAAUGGUCCCUGUUACCUCAUCAUCAGGCUGGUAAAAAUCUUAGGGUCCUUUCACACUAGCGGACCAUUCGUCCGCUAAUUACAAGUCCGUUUACGGAUUUGUAAUGAAUCC